UUUCCAAACGCCAUCUAGCACAUGAAAUGUUGUUUGUCUUGGCGGUGUCCACGGUCGUGUUUUUUAAAAUGAUCUUAAUUUAUUUCCUUUUUCCCAGUUUUAUCGCAAAUGGAAGGAGAAUGCUUCUUGAAUUCGUGUUUCGGACCAAAGCUGGCGUUGCAACCUACACCAUACAGUGGAAAAAUUGCACGAAUGGCAUCAGCCAAUAGAUACGAAGAUCCAAAACUAAACGCACAAUGUUUAGUUAUCUUGGAUAGACUUCAAUUGACACCAUCGGGAAAGUUCGAAAUACCAGGACCACGAAAACCACGCGUUUUCAGGGUCUAUUCAGAUUGUGAAGUUGAAAAUACGAAUGACAUUCGUACAAGGAAAAACCAUCGCAAAAGACGAGUGAAAGGGACCAAACGUCUUCUUCAACUUUCUGAUUCCGAAGACGACUUUGACUGCAGUAAUGAGAGAUUGGACUACAAUCUGAACAACUUCAGUGAAAAUUUACACACAAUGAAUUCCGCCAUAACAUCAUCGGAAUUUGUUGUCGAAAAAUCUGUAAGCACACCAGAAGGAAAUCGUGUGCUCAAAUCGACAAUUUCUUCUACGAGCAGCCAUACGGCACAAAUUAACUCCCUCACGCAAUUUAAGCUGUGCCAAGUUGAGGAGAUUACUUUGAGCUCCGACGAGGAAGAAAUGGAAUUCUCAAACAAACCAGAUUUGGGUAUAGCUAUUGCUAUGCAAUGUACAGCGGAAACAAAGGAAAAAUCUCACAUGGUGGAUAAAAGUCUGCCACAGGCAUCAGACGGUGUCGAAGGCGUUGUAUCAGAGUUACCAGCACUGGCGACAUUAGCAACCUGCCAAGGCACCACUGUGGCAGAGAAAGAAAACCAAUCGACCCGGACAACUGGAAACGAGGAGGAAAAACUGAAAGCUCUUCUUGCAUCUGACCGUUUCAAGCCUAAAGGCAAAUUAACAAAACCCACAAUUCCGCAAGCCAUUUCCCGCAGACAACGAGCAAGCAGUGCUAAAUCUUCCAAAAAAAUUAAUAAAGAGCAUUCUAUGAGAAAGAAGCUCCAAGAAGAACAGGAUCUGGGAAGUUACUGUGCAUCUGUAAAAACAGCACAUGACAAGAAUUCUUCGAGCACUACUCCGGUUACCGGAGAGGUAACCGUUCGCGCCAUUGGCAAUAAACGCCAGAAUUAUUUGCUAAUACAGAAACCACCCGUUUCACUGCCACCCAAUGUAAAGGCAAAAACGACAUCCGUAUCUCGCGGUGAUAAGUUGACGGCCGACCUCAUUGUUGGCGAAAACUUGCGCAAGAUCCAAAAAAAGGAUUCCUUAAAAUCGUCCUUUAGAUCCCGCGCGAUUCCUGCAAGACAGUCAAGAAGCAAAAAUGUCUUCAAAAGUCAACCUACUUCGUCUUUUGAGGGAGAGCUCUCAAAACGAGAGAAUGAGUUAGUCGCUACUGAUGCGAAUGCCACUCACAGCCUUUCUUUCAAACCACGUCUUAAACGAGUAGCAAGAAUUCCAUCCAACGAAAGUACCGAUGGGUCAGGGUCGCUUCGACAUAUACCAACCUUCAGCAGGAAUAGAAACAAAGAUCAAGAAAAACAAUUUACAGCCAGCAACAGAGCUAACCUUGCCUUAAAGGAGGGAAUUUCCAGAUUAAAGCAUUCUGUCAGCAAUCUAUAUGGACAGAGCGUGAAAAGGUCCAUGCUCCUACUGAACCCAGAGGAUUGAAGAGCAGCGAUGUAACGCAUAGCAACCGCAAAACGUUGAAUGGAUUACGACACUUAGUAGUGCACUCCGUAAGCCGCACACUUAGGAGAUCAAAACUGUUCUGUGGGAAGAGUUUGCUGCGUAUAGGAGAAAGAGAGGCCGUUUCUUUAUUCUUACCAUUCCUGGUUUUCUAUUUGCAGGGCCUCUAUUUAUUUGUUGAUUGGCAAGUUGCGGCUAGAGACAAUUAUUUGUGUCCUUGCGAUUUGUUAUCGUUGCUCAUGUUAUGUUUUUUUUCUUUAGUCAACAGAUAUAUGUACCGAGCCGCUGUCAUCUAAAAAA